GCGCCCGUGCGCAGGAAGGAGUCCGGCGCUGAACGUGUCAGAGGUCACACACGGAAAACAGCCGAGCGCGAGGAGUUUUGCCUUAAAAACUAUAAAAAUAACAAACAAACAAGCAAAAAAACAUCAACUAACCCAAACCUCCCUUAAAAUCAGAACAUCCGACUGAGUAUCCAGCGCGGAGUAAUCAGAACGGCAGGACUGCGGAGGAGAAGUGCCCGGAUGCACCAGCGCGUGUGGCCACUUUAUCGGAAACGCUGAGAGGCUUCCUCAGGAGCUGAACCGACAACAGUGAGGAUUCAUCAGCAGCUCCUCAAUGUCAGCUCCACCUACUCCAGCUUCUCCUCCUCCCACUGCUCCUCCAUCAUCCACCUCCUCCUCUCCUGCUAUGUUUGGGAGCUGCUGGAGCUGCCGGCUGCUCUCCGGUUCCGCUCUCAUCCUCUCCGCAGGCUACGUGUAUCAGGCGGCUCGGAGGACGAUGCGGCAGGGAGGACCCACGUCGAUGGGCACGGUGGCUCAGAUCGUCUUUGCCUCAGGUCUGGCUGCUUGGGGCAUGGUGGUCAUUAUGGAUCCGGUGGGAAAAGCCACCAAGAAAACCAAGGACCCGUGAGCAGAGCAGUGGACUGUAGAUGUGUGACCUUGUGGAUGAUGUGAAAACAACUGUAAUAAAGUCAUGAAGUAA